AUGAAGAUCUUGAUUGCUUGCUCUUGUUACUGCGAGUCGCAGUACGAAUUACGAGACCUCGGGCAAGGUCAUUAUCCAAGGUACCUGUCCGCUUCACGCUGUAAGAAGAAAACCUGUCGUAGCAAGUUUUACUCGUGUAGGCUGCUGCAUUAUGUGGUACACGUAUUAAGGCUGCGCGAAACAAAUGUUCAAACCAAGGAUGGCUACAUGAUGAACGGUACGCUGCCGGAAGCACCGCUUCCAGAAUCCCUCAAUCGCAAGUGGCAAUUGAAACCGUUUUUGGUAGCGGUUGCCUGUAUAUCCGACUCGGACAACAAAAGAUAUUGAUCGCUCGUUUCUCGAUGUACCAUCGAAUUGUUUCAUCCCCUUUGUUUUUCGUUUUUUUUCGUGCUUCCGUGCCUGUCCGCUCCUUCUUCU